AAAUGUUUGCUCUUUAUAAAAGGUCUCCACGUUUUUAAGUGUUCUUAGUGUGCAAACAAUCAACAUUGCAUUCAGUAACAUGACAAUCUCAAAUACAUUGCCAGUGAUACCCCUGUGCAUUUGAAAACAUGACUGCUUGGUGUGCUCGUCAGUUGCUCUUCGUUUCGGCAGUUCUACUGUCAGUAGCUGGGCAAACACUCGGGAGAGUCAACGAAGAAGAAAAGGAGCCGCAGUUCUGGAUAGACAAAGCCCAGGCAGAGCUAGAGAGAGCAUUGGGAAGAAAGAAUAACUACAACAGGGCAAAGAACAUAAUUUUCUUUCUCUCUGACGGACAUGGCCCAACUAGUCUUACCCUGUCUAGAAUCUUCAAAGGACAACAGAAUGGCAAGUUGGGAUCUGAAGAAACGUUGGUCUACGAUGACUUCCCAAACGUCGGUUACUCAAAGACAUACAGUGUUGACCACCAGAUCAGUGAUUCAUCAGUAACUGCAACAGCCUGCUUUUGUGGGGUGAAGAGCAACUAUGGGGUGAUUGGCACAGACGGACGAGCCCCCAGGGGGGACUGCACCAACAUCGCAGAGAGGAGUCCAACAUGUAUUCUUGAAUUGGCUCAAAACGCAGGGAUGGCCACUGGUAUAGUGACCACUGCAAGAAUCACGCAUGCUUCACCAGGGCCUCUUUAUGCGCACGUCCCGGAAAGAGAGUGGGAGGAUGAUUCGACAAUGACAGAUGAUGCGAAAACAAAGGGUUGCAUUGACAUCGCUUCACACAUUAUGGGACCCGUUGGGAAAGAUAUCACGGUUCUGAUGGGUGGUGGUCGCCGCCAUCUAUACCCCAACAUCACCGCAGAUCCCGAGUAUCCUGACCGAACAGGACGACGCCUUGAUGGGCGCAAAAUUCACGAGGAAUGGGUUAAAGAGAAGAUUGACCGAGGUCUGAAUGCUGAAUUUGUUUGGAAUAAGGAACAGUUUGAUGCUAUUGAUCCUAACACUUUAGAUCACUGGUUUGGAUCAUUUGACUACAGUCACAUGACGUAUACAAACGACACAGAUGCUGCAGGAGAGCCGACACUGACGCAGAUGACUAGAAAAGCAAUACAAAGGCUCCAGCGUAGUGACAAAGGGUUCUUCUUAUUCGUAGAAGGUGCUAGAAUUGACCAUGGCCACCACGACACAGUGGCUCAUAAAGCGUUUGAAGAAGCCAUUGAGUUUGACAAGUCAGUGAAGGUCGGUAUGGAUGUGACAGACGAGGAGGACACGCUGAUCAUUGUCACUUCGGACCACUCAACACCUAUAAUUACAGGCUCAUACGCCAAGAGAGGAAACCCGGUCACAGGUAACACUGAUUACACAGACGAUUCGUCCCAUACAUCAGGGGGUGGUGCUUUUUCAACAGUGGACGGGAAACCAUACACCGUCAUUGCUUAUGCAGAAGGACCCAACUUUAAUGACAGCGCACCGAGGACAAACCUAACGAAUGAUGAUCUAAAAAACAGAAAUUUCAAAUACCCGGCUGCCAUACCAAUGAAAGAAACAGGCCACGAUUUGACAGACGUUGGGAUAUAUGCCCGUGGACCAAUGGCGCACCUCUUCCACACGACUCACGAGCAAAACUAUAUCUUCCACGUUAUGAAAUUCGCUGCAUGUCUUGGCGACUCUAAGACGCAUUGUGAUAAUAUCAGGGACAAGAAAUAUCCAGGCAUGAAUGAUGAAUGCACCAGUUCGGCAGGAACAACCUUUUCAUGUAUUUCACUGUUGGUUACUAGUGCUUUUUUAACACUAUGCACAUUCGACUAUUAAUUCAAUAAAUCAGAAUUGGUCUUGGCUAUUCCAGGGAACAACAAUCUUCUGUAGCUGCUACUGAACACAUCUGACUUGAAAAUCGUCAUUGGGGAGUUGAGCAUCAAGUCUCUCCUUUUGGAUCCCGAUUGUAGACAUAUAGUGGAUUUACGAUUUACAGUGCAUUGUAUUGUACAUCUCCAUGUUUCUGUUGUUUUAUAAAUAUGUAUAUACUCUUGCAUUCUAGAAUUGGCUCAAAAAUAUAUCUAAAUAUAUUUUAUUUAUUUAAUGAUGUAAAA